UCUUCGACUCCCCCGUUAAUCUCUUUGCAUUAGUGCUUAGCCACUUGCUACAAAAAUAGCAGUGAAGAGACAGCGCUAGCUACACACUAAGCUUUUCCCAACCAGAAGUGGAAUAUCCACGGCUGAAAAGAUGGCCUCGCUGGGGGAGUCGGUGCGAUUAGAAAGAGACAUUUCUCGUGCCAUAGAGCUGCUGGACAAACUCCAGAGAACAGGAGAAGUACCUCCUCAGAAGCUGCAGGCCCUACAGAGGGUUUUGCAAAGCGAGUUCUGCAACGCUGUACGAGAGGUUUAUGAACAUGUGUAUGAGACAGUGGACAUUAACAGCAGUCCUGAGGUCAGAGCCAAUGCCACAGCAAAGGCCACAGUGGCAGCAUUUGCUGCAAGCGAAGGACACUCCCACCCUCGCGUGGUGGAGCUGCCAAAAACCGAGGAAGGCCUCGGUUUCAACAUCAUGGGAGGAAAGGAGCAGAACUCGCCCAUCUACAUCUCCCGCAUCAUCCCUGGAGGCAUUGCUGACCGUCAUGGUGGCCUCAAGAGAGGAGACCAGCUGCUCUCGGUCAACGGAGUGAGUGUGGAAGGGGAGCACCAUGAGAAGGCGGUGGAGCUCUUAAAGGCAGCUCAGGGCACGGUCAAGCUUGUAGUCCGCUACACCCCUAAAGUGCUGGAGGAAAUGGAGUCUCGGUUUGAGAAGAUGCGAUCUGCCAAACGCCGCCAACAGAACAGCUACCCGCAGUAGGGUAACCUGCCUGUGGUCCUCAUGUCAUGUCUCUCUCUCUCUGUCUCUUUUUCUUUCUAUCUUUCUGCCCAGGGAUUUGACACACAUAUGGCGCUUUUUUUUCUGCUUUUCUGGAAUUUUCUAAAACUUCCCUACCACUUCAAGUUUGACUACACACUUUUUUUUAAUGGUUUUGUGGAAAAACACACUACUACUUUUUUUUUUCCCCUGUCUGGUUACACUCUAACACAACGACACGCAAUGUACAUCACUCUAUUUCAGGUGAAGGUUGAGGGGUCCGGAUUGCAAGGGGACCAUCACCGAUUCGCUUCUGAGGUCAUUCAAAUGAAAUGAAAUGAUAAAAGCUUAAAAAAGUGCCUCAAGAGCUUAAAGGAAAAAUGUAAUAGCUCUCUAGAAAUAUUUGGAUUCUACUAUAUUGUAUGUUACAUAUACUGACAGACGAGCAAAAUGAAUGCACCUUCAUCUUCUAAACACUUGAACACUUCUAAAAUUGAGAUGAGUGCGUGCAGGGCUUUGGAAGUAGGAACAAGAUGUGUCAUAUCACUUACACAGUUUGUGUCAAGGUCAGCUGGAAAGACACGUCACACUGCUGAACAAGCAAGAACAGUAUCAUAACCUUUAUGAUGCAUUUUUUGUUUUAUCUUAAUUUUGCUCUAUUAAUAAUGACAAAAAAAGAAUUCAUUUCUUAGGGUUGGAGGGUGAAUAUUUUUUUUAAUCACAUAUGAUGUUGCUUUUGUUUCAUUAGGUUAGGGAUUGUACAGGAUAUCCUGUUUUUGUUACUAGUCUUUUGUUCUAGUUACUAGCUUUUAUAGCAUUUCCAGUUUCUACUCGCAAUCAUACAGCACCAUGAAGCAACAAGGUAAUAUAAAAUGUAGAAGGAUUGGUGAAGUAGAUGUUAAGCACUGACUCCCUUCACACUGAAGACUUGGGUGAAAAUAUUUAAUUACACUGAGAUAUUUAUUUCUUUUAAAUGUACCCUAGACAUAUUUUGUAGCAUAAAAAUUCUAUUAUGUAUAUGCAGUAGCUUAUAGGAUUUAUUUGAUAUUCCUAUUGCCAGUGAUUUUUUUUUCUUAGUAGAUUUGAUUUGUAGUUGCUUACUCUGUUUACUGUUUUUAAGUCACUGAUUAUUUUUCAUAUACUUCACUGAAUGAGAUUCAUUAUUCAGUAAACACAGAGAUGAAUGUUCUCUUCAUUCUGCUCAUUUAUCUCAUGGCAAUAUUUGUACUGAUUCAGAAGUCAUUCCACGGGUGCUCACACUUUAACACAUGCUCCGUGUGUUCGUUGUGCUCAUGAUAAAAAAAAAAAAAAAAGAAGCAAAGUUUCAAAUGUGUUUUUAACCUUAAACGCACAUAUUUUCACUGUCUAUAAUGAUUAAAAGAAAACAUCUAUUCUUCUCCGUCUCGUAAAAUAUUUAGCAUGUUUCUAAUUGUAGACGUUCAUUAAUCAUAGAGAGAUGUGAGGAGAGAUGGUCUGAUCUCUUGCAUAAAAAAAGAAGCCUUCUCAUAAUUACAACUGUUCAAUCUUCCUUAAAAACCAUUCUGGAAAAUGAAAGAGUUGGAUGCUUUGCUGUUUUCUGAAGUUUUGAGAGCUCAGGUUGCAUUUCUCCAUCUCUGACUUUCCCUGACAUUUCAUGACCUAAAGUUACACUAAGCAAUAAAGCUUGCUUUUCUUUCUCCAGCCCCUCACUGUUAAAUCUGCGUCACUGUUCACUUUUGGAAGGCUUACUUGCUAUUUUUGUAACAGCAUUUUCUUAUGAUGUUUUGCUUGCCUUUUUUGAUAAAUUUUAUUCACGGAAUAUUUUGGUUUUUUUUUUCAAGGAAUUAUUUGUAUUGCUUUUCUGAGGACAUUGUCCCAUCGUUUUUUCGAGUACAAAGACCAAACGUGCAAUUUUUCUGACAGCUAUUUGAUACAUGUUGAAUGUCCAAUAUGCUAGUUUGGGAAUGUUGCUUUAAUGAGCCUAAAUAUUAUUGUAUCAUUUGACAUUGCUCUUCUUUCCUGGUGAAUUGUCUUACAUGUAAUGUAGAUGCAUAGAAUUAAAUAUUACUUCUUAGGUUUACUUCAGAGUAAUGAUUUCAAGCUGCACAAAAUAAAUUACACAGAAAUA